AUUCAUGAGCUGAGGCGGGGUGUUAAUAUGUCAGGGUGCUUUGCGGGAAGCUGCGGAGCCACGUCAGGAGAGUCGAUAGAGGUGUGUGAAACUGGAAACGCUAAGCAGCUAGCAGUGGCACUGGAGCUCAGAGACCCACUGGGAAAGCCAGUGGAGCGUUUCUUCUCUGCCAUGGAGCUGUGUGUGAAUGGUGCCCCAACGAGCAGGGUGCAUUGAGAGGCCCAUGGAGUACCCACUGCAGUUCCUGUGCAGAGGCCUGCGCACUGUGGGGCUGAUCCUCCUCUAUUACUGCUUCUCCAUUGGGAUCACCUUCUACAACAAAUGGCUUCUGAAGGAGUUCCACUUUCCUCUCUUCAUGACUCUGGUCCACUUGAUGAUCAUCUUCAUCCUGGCUGCUGUCACUCGAACCCUGAUGCAGUGCUGGACAGGAAAGCCCCGGGUUGUCCUUGGCUGGUCACAGUAUCUCACCAAGGCUGCUCCUACAGCCCUGGCUACUGCCCUGGAUAUUGGUCUGUCCAACUGGAGCUUCCUGUUCAUCACCAUCUCUCUGUACACGAUGACCAAAUCGUCCGCAGUUUUAUUUAUUCUCUUCUUUUCAUUGGUUUUCAAAUUGGAGGAAAAAAACCCGUGUCUGAUCGUGGUGGUGGUUCUGAUUGCCAGCGGGCUCUUCAUGUUCACCUUUGAGUCAACCCAGUUCAACGUGGAGGGCUUUGUGCUGGUGCUGCUGGCCUCCUUCAUUGGGGGAAUCCGCUGGACCCUCACCCAGAUACUCCUGCAGAAGGCAGAGCUCGGUCUACAGAACCCAGUGGACACCAUGUACCACCUGCAGCCUCUGAUGUUCAUGGGCAUCUUCCCACUCUUCCUCUACAACGAGGGUCUAGGCCUGUGUCUAUCGGAGAAGCUAUUCCGUGUCAGUGAGCUGCCCUCCCUGUUGCACUCCCUGCUCACCUUGUCUGCAGGGGGCGCCCUUGCCUUUGGACUGGGGUUUUCAGAGUUUCUUCUUGUCUCCAAAACCUCCAGCCUCACCCUCUCCAUCUCUGGCAUCUUUAAGGAAGUGUGCACCCUGCUUCUAGCUGCUCAUCUGAUGGGGGAUGAGAUGAGUGCGCUGAACUGGCUGGGCUUCGCUGUGUGCCUGUCAGGAAUCUCUCUGCAUGUGGGUCUCAAAGCCUGUCACUCCAGAGGUAAAGCAGGCCAGGUACGGGUGACGUCCUUGAAGAACUCCAGCUCAGACAUUCUCCCUUUGCUGCGGAGAGAUGGAUGUUCUGAGGAGGAGGAUCACGAUGAGGACCUCUGAGACAAGAGUGCAGACACAGCCCCCGUCCCCUGAGUUGUAGGAGAGGAGGACUGGACACUCCAGGGAGGGAGUUGUACUGCAUUCGAGUGUGUCUCUCUCUUUCUCUCUCCCUCCUCCCUGUAAAUGCUGAUCACAAUAACCUGCCUGCAUUGCCUCCCUUUCUCUGCAAUACUAAGCACAGUUGGAUAAGGAGCAGCCCGGGUUUAAGAACAGGGUGGGGCUACUCAUCCAUAGCUUUUAAGGCCUGGUAACUUGCAUUCAGCAAGUCUCUGUUAAUAGUUCUUGACUAACAAGGCAAUUUGAAUUUUGUGCAAUAUAGAAGGUUAGUUAACAUUUGAAAAAGUACAAAGGGAAAAUCAGACUUUCUAAAAUUGAUCUUCAUAUAAUAACCCGCUCCUUGUAAAAACUGAAGCCCUUGAUCCGUUCCGUCAUUUAUCAUGUGCAAUCCAUGAAAGACAUUUCAUACUGGAAUUCGGAUAAAGAAGCAAAUACUGUGCAUCCAGAAGACCAGUGUUUGAAUAGUGUCUGCAGUUGUCUGCUGUGCCUGGAGUCCCCUCCACCUAUAUAAUGAACUAUGGAUACAGUAAUUAGUUAGCCUGGUAACUAACACUGACUUUAUUAUAAUUCAGGGGGGAGGCUACUACUGUUGAAGUUUUUGUUGAUAGCCCAGUCACACACAAUCUGAACUUACAUAGAAGUACUAAGAGAUUUAGACAUACGUUUUGACAAAAAGGUUUCUCAUGGUCUUCACCCACUUACCUACUUACUUUUAAUAUUUGAAACUCUGCUUGUUCGGCGUGUAGAGGUGUUUUCCUGGCCUGUGUUUCUCCAAAAAGCAAAGCUACACUUUGUGCCUCGGUUCCAAAUAUGACAUCUUUGAAAGCUGAAAUGUACGAAAACUAAUUAACACAUAAACACACUCUUAUAGAUCCAGAAUGCCUAUCGGGUAUCUAUUUUUUGUUUUUGAUUUGUAUUUUUUUGUAUUCCUCUUCAGCCAUGGGGGUGCUUAUAUCUCUGACACUGAAGCAACAGUUAAUGCCAGGAAUCUUUACGAUGGUUAUAGGAGCUAUAAAGAGUUAAACAGGAGGAGCUACAUUGAGCCUUUCUGUGUCACUGGAACAGAAUACCUGCUUAGAAUCUCGUGAGAGAAGGCACAAGCCUGUCACAAUUCAGUAAUGUUUGUUUUUUGUUUUUAAAGACUUCAUGUUUGUUUUGAAAAAAACGUAUUAUGUUAAUUUACCCUGUAUGAAAUGUACAGUAUAUGGCAAUAAAAUGUUAAUUGGU